CCUAAGCUCCAGCCAAACAAACACCAGUACAGCAACAGCACCAGCAGCAGCUCCAGCAGCAGCCCCAGCACCAGCAUCAGCACCAGCACUAGCAUCAGCACCAGAACCAGCACAAGAACCGGCAUGGGCACCAGCCCAAGCUCCAGCGCCAGCAUGAGUAUCAUUAUCAACACCAGCACCAGCACCAGCAAAAGCACCAGUAUCAGCACCAGCAACAGCACCAGCACAAGCACCAGUAUCAGCAACAGCACCAGCAGCAGCUCCAGCAGCAGCCCCAGCACCAGCAUCAGCACCAGCACCAGCAUCAGCACCAGAACCAGCACAAGAACUGGUACAGGCACCAGCCCAAGCUCCAGCACCAGCAUCAGUAUCAUUAUCAACACCAGCACCAGCAGCAGCAGCAGCAUCAGUAUCAGCAUCAGCACCAGCACCAGCACCAGCACCAGCACGAGCUCCAGCACCAGCUCCGGCUCCAGCUCCAGCACUAGUAAAGGCACCAGUAAAGCACCAGCACCAGUAAAAGCACCAGCACCAGCACAAGCACCGGUUCCAGCACAAGCCUUGGCACCAGAACCAGCACCAGCACAACCAGAAGCACCACCACCACCACCAGCAGCAGCCUAAACAACAGGUCAAGCAGAAGCAACAGGACCAGCACCAACACAAGCAGCAUCACAAGCAAUUGGACCAGCACAAGAGCCUGCACCAGCACCAACACCAGCACCAGCAUAAGCACAGAAAACAGCACCAGC